UAAAGCCUCUUUUACGACGAACUCACGAGGAAAACCGCUCUCGUUAAGAUUAUGUUUUCUUGUAGUGGAAUGGAGCUGAAAUCUUUGACCCUGAAAAUCUGAAAUUCGAAUAGAUCCAAACCGAACUCGAAUGGGUACCUCAACGCCCACCCCUAAUUGAAAUACUAAAACACUUAUUUUGCACCGAAAUUUUUUUUCUGCUAGGAAACGGACGGAGUAUAAACUAAAACGACUUAAGAUAAUGUUGGCGAGAGAACAAAUUACAAAAGUAUAGUAUACAUAAGCCCAACCAAUAAAAGCCCAGCCCAAACAAGAUAUGUUGUUUUAUAAAUAACGCUCUCCCUAGGGUUAUUUAAAACUAAUUUCUGCUCUCACCUCUUCCCGGGAAAUAAACCCUCACUGUAUUACAUCUUCUCCAUGACCAGUUGUAGCCAGAGAGCUAAUUUAUUGGGUAAACGAAAGCCGGAAGAUGGUUUGCGGACCGAACCGGUUCUGAAGAAACAUAAAGAAAAAUUUGAGAAGGAGAUCGAAGCAAGGGUUGGGUUGUUGUCUGAUGAGGCUAAUUCGGUGACAGUGGAGACCGAACCUAUUCUGAAGGGACAUAGGGAGGAGAAGGAGACAGCAAAAGGAUUUUCUGAUGAGAUCAAAGGAAGGGUCGAGUUGUUGGAGAAUGAGGCUAGUUUAAUCUCAGUUGAAGGACUUGAUGAAAGUCCUGAGAAAGCUGCCGUAAGUAUAUUCUAAUGUUUGUUGUAUAUUUUAAUUCAAUUAAGCAUCUUCUUAUUAUCUCAAAAUCUUGUUCCAAUUGCUAACAGGAGACCUCUUCUUGUAUGCAAUUGAAGAAGGCCUUUACCACUUUUUUAUGCUAACACAUCUUGCUUUUAAAUUCAGGAACUUAAAAAGACGCUCUUUGUUGCUCAUCUCCC